AACACAGGCUGAUAGGAUCGGGCUGUUUGUCCCGACCAACAUUAUUAAAAUAGAUAACUAUUCAACUUGGGAAGUAUCGUUGAUAUUUCGACCACAAAAAGUAACGGAAGUGAACACUUCGAUCACGAGGUACAAAUCUGGCAAACCAGAAGGCAAAGAAUAA